AUGGGCAACGCUGCCGGCGGGUUGGAGCAGGUGGAUGGUCCUGAGACCAAAGGCUCAACAGGAGGCUCAAACGCUGCUCCCACCACAUCCAAAAAGAAAUGUGCCCCUACUAAACUACCCAUGCCUCCUGAGGAAGAGCUAGAAGAACGCUUCAGUGUGGUUUUGAGCUCCAUGAAUCUGCCUCCUGACAAGAUGAAGCUCCUGAGUCAGUAUGACAAUGAGAAGAAAUGGGAGCUGGUCUGCGAUCAGGAGCGAUUUCAGGUGAAAAACCCUCCCUCGGCUUACCUGACUAAAAUCAAGAGCUUCUACCAGGACCAGGGUGGAGUUGCACGCAGGUUCAAGAAACGUGUGCAGGAGUCAACUCAAGUCCUGAGAGAGCUGGAGAUCUCGCUGAGAACCAAUCACAUUGGGUGGGCUCAGGAGUUUCUGAACGAGGAAAACCAAGGCUUGGAUGUCCUGGUGGACUACUUGUCUUAUGCACAAAGUGAUGCGCCGUUUGAGGUGGAGUCUGUGGAAAACGGCGGAUCUGUAUCAGACAACAGAAGGUUGUCAGAGAGAUCAGUGGAGGAUCUAGCCAAAAAUGUGAACCAUUCUUCCACACAUGGCGUGGGCAGAGCGGCCCGUGCAUUCACUGUCCGAAUAAGUAACUUGACCCAUAGCAGAAAAACUAUGCGAAACGCCCGAUUGGCCACCCAAAGAGAUGACGUUCACCUCUGCAUUAUGUGUCUGCGUGCUAUCAUGAAUUAUCAGUCUGGGUUCAAUUUAGUCAUGACUCACCCCAGAUGUGUCAAUGAAAUUACACUCAGCCUCAACAACAAAAACCCCAGGACUAAGGCUCUUGUGCUGGAGCUGUUGGCUGCAGUGUGUCUGGUUCGAGGAGGACAUGACAUUAUCAUCUCAGCCUUUGAUAACUUUAAAGAAGUGAGUGGAGAGAAGAACCGCUUUGAGAAGCUAAUGGAGUACUUCAUGUAUGACGACAGCAAUAUAGACUUCAUGGUGGCUUGCAUGCAGUUCAUAAACAUUGUGGUCCACUCAGUGGAGAACAUGAACUUCCGUGUGCACCUUCAGUAUGAGUUUACCCAGCUGGGUCUCGACCAGUACUUAGAGUCCUUAAAGGAGAUGGAAAGUGAGAAGUUGCAAGUACAGAUCCAGGCGUACUUGGAUAAUGUGUUUGAUGUUGGAGCUCUGCUGGAGGAUGCAGAAAAUAAAGGGGAAAUAAUGGAGCAAUUUACAGAACUGCAGGAGACCAAUGCACAGCUGAAUGCCAGAUUGCAGGAAUAUGAGAAUGGAGCAAUGGAAAAAAUGGCAGAACUAGAGCAACAACUAAUGCAGGCCACCAAAGAGUCAGCACUGCUUAAGGAGAGUUUGCGAGAGUCCUGUGCCCAAGUAAGCACCUUGCAGCAGCGAGAACGAGAAAGAGAGAUUCAGAGAGAGAGAGAACGAGAGCAGGAGCGUCAGUCACAGCCCUCCCAGGUAGAGAGAGAGAGAUUCAGAAAGGCGAGUGAAAAGGAGUCCGUACUGGAGGAGAAGCUGAGGGGACUGGAGGAGAAGGGCCUAGUCCGACUGGAGCGCACAGCCUCUGGGAGCUUGGACAUCGAAGUGAUUCCAGUCACCAUAGAGAAAAUUGUUACUCAAACAGUGACUGUGUCAGAUCCAGCUUCUCAAACACCGUCCCCUCCAGCCGCAGCACCGCCUCCACCUCCACCUCCACCUCCUCCUCCUCCACCUGGAGCUGCGGCGCCCCCUCCUCCUCCUCCUCCACCUCCUCCUCCUGGAUGUGAAGGUAUUCCACCUCCCCCUCCUCCUCCUCCUCCUGGUGGAGGUCCUCCACCACCCCCACCUCCACCUGGCUGUGGACCACCACCCCCUCCAGGAGCUCCUCCUGCCCCUGGGGCUGAAACAGGAGAAGGACCAAAGGAACGUAAACCAGUUCAACCAAAGUUUAGGAUGCCUCUGUUGAACUGGCAGGCCUUGAAGCCCAAUCAAGUGACGGGAACGGUGUUUAGCGAGCUGAAUGAUGAGCAACUGUUAGGGGAGCUGAAUAUGGAUGUAUUUGCAGAAGUGUUUAGAACCAAGGCUCAAGGUCCUCCUACAGAUCUCUCCAAGCUCAAGGUUAAGGUGGUUGAGAAGGCACCUAGUAAGGUGUCCCUGUUGGAGGCAAACAAAGCCAAAAACCUUGCUAUCACCCUCCGCAAGGGAGGCAUGAGCCCCAAUGACAUCUGCACAGCCAUUGAGAGAUAUGAUCAGCAGUCUCUGAGUCUGGACUUUCUGGAGCUUCUGGAACGUUUUAUCCCAUCGGAGUAUGAGAUGAAGCUACUGCAGAACUACGAGAAGGAAGGGCGGUCACUAGAGGACCUGAGCGAGGAGGACCGAUUCAUAAGCCGCUUUGGUAAAAUCCCACGCCUUGCUCAGCGAAUCAACACCCUCACUUUCAUGGGCAACUUCCCAGAGAGCAUGAAACGUCUGCAGCCGCAACUAGAUGCAAUCAUUGCAGCUUCCGUGUCCCUCAAGUCUUCAUCAAAGCUGAAGAAGAUGUUAGAGAUCAUCUUGGCUUUUGGGAACUACAUGAACAGCAGUAAAAGAGGAGCAGCGUAUGGGUUCCGUCUGCAGAGUCUUGAUCUGCUGUUGGACACUAAGUCCACAGACCGCACACAGACUUUGAUGCACUUCAUUGCGAAUAUGGUGCAGGAGAAAUACCCUGAGCUUGCCUCCUUCCACACUGAACUCCGUUUUGUAGACAAGGCUGCUCUGGUGUCUUUGGACAGUGUGCUCCAGGAUGUGAGAUCUCUGGAGAGAGGGAUGGAAGGGACCAAGAAGGAGUUCCUGGUGCAGGACGACAUCCCGGCGCUGAAAGAGUUUGUAAAGGCUAACAGUGAUAUGUUAGACUUGCUUGUUAAAGACGGCAAGACAGCACAGGAGGCAUACACGUCUGUAGUGGAGUACUACGGAGAGAAUCCGAAGACGACACAGCCUUCCAUGUUCUUCCCACUCUUCGUCAGGUUCAUCAAAGCUUAUAAGCAAGCAGAACAAGACAAUGAACUGAAGAAGAAACAAGAGAUUGCGGCAGAAGAACAGGCGACUCCUUCCCCAAAGAAGAAAGAUAGCACUCCUCAAAAGGGUCCCAUGAUGCCCAAAAUGCCUCAGAUGGACCUGAUUGCAGAGCUGAAGAAAAGACAGGUGAAGCCCCAAGUCACAGACGGGGCCAUCGAGGGCAUUAUUACAGAUUUGAGAAAUUCACCCUACAGAAGAGCUGAUGGUCGGAGAGCAAAUCCACGACAAGAAAACUGAGGGUUACCUUCGGAGCUUUCUCUCCUUCCCACCACACACUUCUGUACUUAUCACCUGGUCUUAUUCUUUAUAUAAUAAAACAUUUUUCAUCUGUACAGAGAUACAUAAAAUGACUGCCAAACAUACACAGCAACAGAUGGUGCACACAAACAAAGAGUCACACUAACAGACACCCAUCAUCACACACACUUGCAUAUACUGUUUGCUUGGAUACACGUAACCUUUUGAGAAUGUUUCAAAUAAUUGUACAUAAGGCAAAAAAAUAUUUUUUUUGUACCGUUGCAAAUGCUCCUGAAUAUGUAAACAAUGCCUUAAGCUUCAGUUUUCACGUUUUGCUGUGUUAAUAUCGUUAAUGAAAUUGUAAAAAGUGCUCACAGAUGAAGGCACUUUUAAUACAGCCUGGUGAUAAGAAUUCUUCGAGAUUUGAUUAAAACAUUGAAAACAUUGUACAGUAAGACAUUUCAUUUAUUAUGAGAAACCCCAAAAAUUAAAGACUCUGUAGAAAUAUUGUCAUAGAAGAGAGCUGUACUUUAUUAGACACACAACCACAGCAAGUAUGUACAAAAGGUUUCAGCUCUCAACGAUUUCUCACAGGAAAAAAUAAAUAAAUAAAUAAGUCACAUUUCUCACAAAGUUA